UUUUGCUUACUCAAACCUUAAUUGCGGGAUAUACAUCAUCUUAUAUCCAUAUCAUAUGGUCAACGGAAAGCUAUGCCUCAACCAUCAAUCCUUCAUUCCAAAUAAAAAUUAACAACCUGUCUUAGAAAAUUAUAUUUCAAUAUCAUAUACAUAUUUUUUUAUCACAUUAUAUUCUCAAAACUGGAUAUAGAAGAGAACAUCCAUUAAUUGAGUCUUGGGAUUUGUGGAACUAUGGAACCAAAAACAACAGAGGAAUUAGGAUCCUGUCUUGUUUUUCCUUGUGUGAAAGAAUUAGUAGCAAAGAAUGGAGAACUAAACAGUGUUCCAGAGAGAUAUGUUAGUAGGAAUAUUGACCCUUUUGUUUUAUCUAAUAUAGAUUCUUUGCAACACCUCCCAGUCAUUGACCUUAGCAAAUUGUUGUAUGAAGAAGUGAAGGGUUCUGAAUUGGAGAAGCUAGACAUUGCAUGCAAAGAAUGGGGUUUUUUUCAGCUAAUUAAUCAUGGAGUUAGCAUGACAUUGGUGGAAGACAUGAAGAAAGGUGCUGAAGAACUCUUCAAUCUUUCAAUGGAAGAAAAGAGUAAGCUUUGGCAGAAAGCAGGAGAUAUGGAGGGGUUUGGUACAAUGGCUGAUGUGUCUCAAGAUGAGCCAUCAAAUUGGGUUCAUUUGUUCUACAUUUUCACACUUCCUUCCCACUUAAGAAACUCUCACUUAUUCCCUAAUUUACCCCUGCCAUUCAGGGAAAAUUUAGAGGCUUAUUGUAUAAAGAUUAGAGAGCUUGGCAUCAAAGUUUUGGUUCACAUAGGAAAAGCUCUUGGCAUAGAACCAAAUGAAAUUAAAGAUUCAUUAGGAGAAGGAGGGCAAUCAAUUAGGAUAAAUUACUAUCCUCCUUGUCCUCAACCAGAAAGUGUCCUUGGCCUCAAGGCUCAUACUGAUGCUUCUGCCCUCACCAUCCUUGUCCAAAACAAUGAAGUGGAAGGCCUUCAAAUACAAAAACAUGGAAUGUGGAUUACUAUUAAGCCACUCCCAAAUGCUUUCAUUCUUAGUCUUGGAGAUGUUAUGGAGGUAACUCUUUUUUAUUUAUUUUUUACAAUGCAUUCUUAUUAUUUAAGGGAUUUAAAGCCAUUGUGAGAUUGAGUAGUUAAAUUUCU